GAUUUCACAAUGGGCUCCAUCACUGCAGCAAAUGCAGAAUUUUCUUUUGAUGUGUUCAAAGAGCUGAAAGUCCACCAUGCCAACGACAACAUCUUCUAUUCCCCCCUGAGCAUCAUUGCAGCCUUGGCCAUGGUUUAUCUGGGAGCAAGAGGUAAUACUGAGUAUCAGAUGGAGAAGGUUCUUCACUUUGACAAAAUUGCAGGACUCGGAGGAGCUAUUCAGACCAAGUGUGGCAAGUCUGUGAAUAUCCACAUACUGUUUAAAGAACUUCUCUCUGAUAUCACUGCACCAGAAGCCAAUUAUUCACUCCACAUUGCCAACAGACUCUAUGCUGAAAAAACAUGUCCAAUCCUACCGAUCUACUUAAAAUGUGUGAAGAAACUGUACAGAGCAGGUCUGGAAACGGUCAACUUCAAAACAGCAUCAGAUCAAGCCAGACAGCUCAUUAAUUCCUGGGUGGAAAAUCAGACAAACGGACAUAUCCAAGAUUUCCUUGAAACAGGCUCUGUUGAUCUCGAUACUGUGCUGGUCCUUGUUAAUGCCAUUUACUUCAAAGGGAUAUGGAAGACGGCAUUUAAAGAAGAUCACACUCGGGAAGUGCCCUUCACUGUGACAAAGCAAGAAAGCAGACCUGUGCAAAUGAUGUGUCAGAACGGUACCUUCAAAGUGGCCGCGGUGGCUGCAGAGAACAUGAAGAUCCUGGAGCUUCCGUACGCCAGCGGGGAGCUGAGCAUGUUGGUGCUGUUGCCUGAUGACAUCUCUGGCCUGGAGCAG